ACCAGAAGAAGAAAAAGAAAACAAUCCCCACACACCGAUGGUGUUAUUUGAAUGGUAAAACUAUGAGGCGUCGACACCGAUUUGGAGUUUUCGCCUUGUGUUUAACCAGCCUUUCACGUUUUUGAUUUGCACACACAAGGAGCUCUCACUACACUCUACAAAAUUAAUCGUGUCCCAGCUGGCAAGCAUUGUAAGCAACGGGAAGUCUAUAAAGUCAGCUGCAAUAAAUCCAAUGGCUUUCGGCGGUCCUGUCUGCAUGUUUCUACUGAAAAGAACAUGAAGCAGGUGGAUUUUAAUAAUAAGGAAGAAUUAGAUGAGGACAGCUCUGGCCCAUCUUGGUGUCUCCCUCGUCAGUUUCCAGGUACAUCGCGUAGUGCAGAGAUCCGACAAGAUAACACGGCCGUCGCCUUGCAAGAGAAAGAGCUCUUCAUCGGUUGAGGUGGGCGCAAAGCUGAACCGAAGGUCAUCAAAUGUAGGCCGUCUCCGUGGCCCCGGCAUGGCCAACAAAGAGAAUGAGGUGACAUGCUCCGAUGAUGUGCGGGCCCUUCACGCUGGGCUGCCGACGAUCUCUGCUGAUGCUUCGAAGAUGACAGGGGCCAGCUCCAAGUACGCUGACUUUACCGAGUUAUCAAAGGACCACGAAGCUAUGACUCACAUUCUCUUUGGAAGAGAUCUCCGACUUAAAGUAGCCCUGACGCUAUGGCGAAGAAAUGCCUGCGAGUUGGUGUCCUACCUAAUAAGAAUACAAGACACUGGGGUGCUGCUUGACUGCUUACCUGUCUUAACAAACAACCUUCAAACUGAAGCACCAUGUUUGUCGCUUGGCUGCUGUGUUGACCUCAUGCCCCAAGUCAAAGUCGUUAUUUCCAGUAAAUAUGAAGAACACAUAACGGUGGGUUUACACUGGGUUCAGUCCGUCAUCAGGAAAUGGUGGCCUGAACUUUCCAAAGCUGAGAAGAGACUGCAGGACAGUUGUUCAGAAGACAGGUGGGAAUAUCGAUAUCAUGAAGCAGCGAUUGAAAGACUUGUGGAAAGAAGGAUCUCAAUUAUGUUUGGUUCCAGGAUCUGUGGGAGAGCUGGCAAAAGCCAUCGAAGCUCGUCUGUCCCAGCUGCCCUGAUAAUAACUAAUGUAGCACUCUGACCAUGCAACCACUACUGCUGAUCACGGCUGGAUGUUGAACUGAUAAUGUUUGCCUGAGAAAUGGACUGGUUCAUUCUAUGGACACUCGAACCGAACUUGACAUUUCAGACAAAUCUCUUCGGUGAGAGCUGGGGACUCCUCUGAAGGACAGCAGCAAGCCUGCACAGCAAAUGACUGCUUCACAUUGAAGUGGACCGUCUUGUGAAGAGGCAUGUUUAGUGGACCUCAUGAGACGAGGCGUUAUGUUGCUCGAUGAAGUGCCAAUGUCUUUGUCUCUCACUACACAACUUGUUUGUUUUGAAUGUCCUACUUUUUCUUCUGUGUGCCUGGUUUCUUUGGAAUCAGGAACUUGAAUCUCCAAGUCUUUAAGUUAUUAGUGCUGGUUGUUGUUUUGCCUGUUUUUGUGUUGUUUGAUUGCAAAAUGUCAAAAUAAAUGAUUCUUUUAAUUUUCUUUUAAAUAAAUUUCCUAGAAAAACAUUUUUGUUUUUUUCUCGUUAUGGUCUGUUACUGCUGAAUCUAAAUGAGAGGUGGUUUGGCAGGAUGUUUUUCAGUUGUUUGUGUAUAUUUUCAAAUGCAAAGGGAUUAUGUUGAACCAGUCUUCUGUGACAUUUAACAACAGUUCUCAUAAUUCAUGUUGGGAAUGUUCCUACUGGUGAAUCUUGCCCUACCAUCUCUACUCCAGUUGAACAACUGGUUGUGACACUAGAAAGAUAAUUGUUUGAUUUUCCUCAAAAAAGAGUACAUGGUAAAAAAAAAAAAUUCCAGCCAGCGACAGUGGUGUAUCUUGGUCAGAGAGCCUCCGAAGUCACCAGAUCUCGGUCCAAUAGAGCUCAUUUUGGGUUUGGUGAAAUAUGAGAUUUACAUGGAUGUGCAGCCAACAAAUUUGCAGCAGCUGCAUGAUAAAGUAUUUUUGAAUUGAUUGAUGUCUUCAUGUUAAUAUGGGUCAAAAUUUCUGAACAUAUGCUGUAAAUAAUGGUUUUUCUGGAGGCAAAAUGGGUCUAACCUGGUAGCCUGGUAAUAAAGUGACCAAUUAAUA